AUGGAUAUUAAUAACCUUUCAAAAUUAAAAGUUCCAGAACUUAAAAAGGAAUUGGAAAAUAGAGGUUUCACUAAAACUGCUGGUUUAUUAAAAGCGGAUUUAAUUGAAAAAUUAAAAUCUCUAUUAGAGAAUGAAAAUAAUUCAACAACAACAACAACAACAACAACAACAACAACAACAACAACCACUACAACCAAUGAUAAACAACCAACUCAAAGUAUUAUAAUAAAUAAUGAACCACAACAAGAACAAAUUCAACAAAAACAAAUAAAUAAAGAUGAAGAUGAUAAUGCUAAUAUACCACCUCCACCACCAACCAAAGAAGAAUUACCACCUCCACCACCAAAUAAAGCAGAAUUACCACCACCUCCGCCACCACCAUCUAUUAAUAAUAAUAAUAAUAAUAUAGAUAUUAAUCAAAAGUACAAUAAAAUGGAUAUUGAUAUUGAAAAUAAAAUAAUUAAAGAAGAAGUUAAAGAAAUAUUUAAAUCAAAAGAAAGAGAAGAUGAAGAAAAAGAUAAAGAAAAAAAAGUUUUAAAUAUUUUAACUGAAAAUAAAAAUAAUGAACAAAUUAUUAUUAAACCAAAAGAAGAUAUAAUUUUAACUUCAAAUAAUAAUAAUAAUAAUAAUAAUAAUAAUAAUAAUAAUAAUAAUAAUAAUAAUAAUAAUAAUAAUAAUAAUAAUAAUAAUAACAAUAGCAAUAAUAAUGGUGAAGAAAAAAAAAGAAAAAUUAAUGAUGACGAAAAUGAUGAUGAUGAUGAUGAUUUUGAUAUUGCAACAUAUAAAUUAAAAAAAAAACAAAUUAAAACUAGAAAAGAUUGUCCAUAUUUAGAUACAGUUAAUAGGGAUGUAUUAGAUUUUGAUUUUGAAAAAGUUUGUUCAGUAUCAUUUCAUAAUCAUAAUGUUUAUGCAUGUUUAGUUUGUGGUAAAUAUUUUCAAGGUAAAAGUCAAGAUUCACAUGCAAAUUAUCAUUGUCUUCAAAUGGAUCAUCAUGUUUUUAUAAAUUUAAAAACUCAACAAAUCUAUUGUUUACCAGAUGAUUAUGAAGUUAUAGAUUCAUCAUUGGAUGAUAUUAAAUAUUUAUUAAAUCCAACAUUUACAAAUGACCAAAUUAAAGAAUUAGAUAGAAAUAGUAAACUUUCAAGAGCAUUAGAUGAUUCAAAAUAUUUACCAGGUAUAGUUGGUUUAAAUAAUAUUAAAAAUACUGCAUAUGUAAAUGUAAUAAUUCAAUCGUUGGCUAGAAUACCAACAAUUCGUAAUUUCCUUUUAAAUGUUGACAAUAUUAAAACAAAUAAAUCACCAUUAGUCCUAACAUUAUCUGAAUUGUUAAGAAAAAUUUGGAAUCCAAAGAAUUUCAAAGCUCAAGUUUCACCUCAUGAAUUACUUCAAGCAAUUCAAAAUUCAAGUCAAAAAAGAUUCAAUAUUCGCGAAAGUUCUGAUCCUUUAGAUUUUUUACCUUGGUUUUUAAAUACACUUCAUAAAGAUUUAGGUGGUACAAAACAACCAAAUUCAAGUAUAAUCUAUAAAGCAUUUAGUGGUGAAAUUCAAAUUACAACUGAUAAACCAAUUCCAAAAUCAGUUGAUGAUGAUAGUAGUGAUUAUGAUAAUGAUGAUGGUGAAAAUAAAAAAUUAAAAACCAAAUAUUCAAAUUCAACUUCAAAACAACCAUUUUUAUUUUUAACAUUAGAUUUACCACCAAAACCAAUAUUUAAAGAUGAUCAAGAUAAAAGUAUUAUACCUCAAAUUCCAUUAUUUAAUUUACUUUCAAAAUAUGAUGGUACAACUGAAACUAUUUUACCAAAUGGUGAAAUUAAAAAAUAUAAAAUCCUCUCACUUCCAAAUUAUUUAAUUCUAUGUGUUAAAAGAUUCUCUAAAAAUAAUUUCUUUAUUGAAAAGGAACCUACAAUCGUAAAUUUUCCAAUUAAAAAUUUAGACUUAAAUGAUUAUUUACCACCUGGCUCUCCAAAAUCAAAAUUCAAUCUAUUAGCUACCAUUAAACAUGAAGGUGACCCAAAUAGUGGUAAUUUCUCAGUUUAUAUCAAUCAUAAAGGUAAUGAUAAAUGGUUUGAAAUGCAUGAUUUAUCAAUUAAAGAAACAAUGCCACAAUUAAUUGCAGUUUCUGAGUGUUUCUUUUUAAUUUAUGAAAAAAUUAAUUAA